UUCAAGCUAGAUCUUUUCAUUUAUAAAUUAUUUAGUUGAAACUUGGUGCAUCAAGGCUAGCUGUGCGAAGCACAGGGAGCAAUCGUGUUUGCACUCGCGUGCGUGUCACGAGAAAAGUUUCAGUGUUGAAAAACUUUCGACAUAACACGCGGCGUGUUGUAAAGACGUAAUUGUCACGCAUAAAGGCUUUAAAAAGCUCGCGCGAAUCGUAUGUAACAACGAUUGUGUCGAAAGUGUACGACUGAUUCGAAAAAGGAACGAGCGACGGCGAGGUGUGCUGGAAUAAAGAAAUACGUUGGACGGAACGCGCAAUCUUCUGGAAAGGCGCCCGAUCAAUUUCUUCUCAUGAGCGUUUUUAACGCGUAAAUCGAUACACUCUUCGAAAAGGUAUCGCUUGACCAUAGUUCCAGGAUCUCGUGCGGUCCUACGGGCCCCGCGUGGAAACCCUUUAAUUACAUCUACGGUACGCGGCAGAGGGGGGUGGGGGGACGUCACGGAACCAACCUCCGGGAGAAAGAGCGACUCUCCUCACUACCCUCGCGCACGAGCGUGCGUGCGUGCGCGCGCACAAGAGCGCGCGGGGGAGCGAGAGAAAAGCGGAGGGGAAGAGAGAGAAGGAGGAAGGAGUAGGAGCCCUUCGGAGGAGCUUCGACGUGGAGGCAAGGCAAAGUAGCAUAGUACACGAGGGAGAACGCGUUCUGCCCGCCCACCCCCGGGCUUUCUCUCUCUUUCGCUCUCCUUGGCCGAGUCAACCCCUCCAGUCAAUCUCGUGGCCUUUCUCCCUCUUUCUCUCUUGGUCUCUGUCUCCCGGCGGGGGCCACGGGCCGCGUUUCGCCGUGGGCACAACCCGGGCCACGGGCCACGAGCCACGGGCCACGCGGGCCUGCCCGAUACAACAUCCAGCACGCGACGACACGCUACCGCGUCACCUUCUCUUCCCCCCUUCUCAUUCUCGUUUCGUCCCUCUCGGUCUGCUGCUCAUUCUCAUGCACUCUCUCUCUCUUCCUCACUCCGGCGUACACACACGACGCGUACGACCGAGUCAGGAGUAGACACGGGCGGUGGCAGAGGGUACGGGGGACCUGACCGAAAGCAAAGCCCGUAACCCCCGUUUGCGGGCCGAGCCCACUUCAGACACGCCGUGUCCUCCGCGUGGUCCACAUCAUCCUGUCCUGACCGCUUCUCUUUCUCUCUCUCUCUCUCUCUCUCUCCCUCGUUUCCUCUUCGCGCACCGCGUCUUUCUCCCUUUAUCUCUUUCGUUCGGUCUCUUUCGCGAGCGCGCGCGCGCGCGCGUAUGUAUCUUUCGCCGCGCUCUCGCGCCCUUGCCGCGCGCGUUCUGCUCGUCGGUACCUGUGCCGCUUGUGUUCUCUCCCUCCCGCCUCCGCCUCGUCCUGUUCUCCUCGAGCGCGUUCGCCGAGCGGCCGACCGCAGUUUGCGGUCUCCACCGCGAGUUUGCCCUCGCGUCGCGCGGACUUGCCACUCCGCCGGCUACCAGGAGUAACUGCACGUGCUCCGCGCCACGGAGGUGCGAGGUGAUGAGCGCCGGCCUGCCGAGAAAAGGAGGAAACAGUCGAGGAAUCGCGGCCGCGGGACUGCGACUUCCGACGGUCACGGCUUUUCCCGAAGAGAUCGGAAGUUGAGCGCGUAGUUACUAGUGUUGGGUCCGACUUGUAAGUGGAAGUGGGAACGAGUUUCCUCGACGAGGACAUUUGAGCUGACCCUCGGAGGCCGACCGAUAAGACUUAACAUUGGGAUACUGCCUCUGUGCGAUCAGUUACGAGUGCGAUCUUGCUGACGAAAUGGUCAAGCCGUGAUCUUGAUGAUUGGUCGGACCUUUAAAGGAGCCAAGGAAUGCGAGUGUUCUCUAAGUAGAGGAACAGCAUCCACCUCGCGAUUAUCAUCAAGGACAGCCGUUCGCACGUUGCGCGACUAUUGGAGCGGAAUAAAAAUAGGGGAAGCGCUAGGACACAGAGCGGAUUAUCGGUUGUUAAGAAAAAUCUUCGACGUGUUCUCGUAGGUGUACAAUCAAUCUCUCACCCUCGCUCCCUCUCUGUCUAUCUUCCUACCUGUCUUUCCGACUUUCGUGUCGCAUCCACGUCUCAGUCUCAUCAUCGCCGCGAAAGCGGAGUCAUAUUCUGCGUGAGACGAACGCGCGACGCUCGUCAGGACGACGACGUUUCGCCAGGUCUUCGAGGCGCAACGUGACGUACAGUGGUGUCGACGAAUUGAAGCGAGACGAGAGCCGGCAAGAACGUGGGACGCACAUUCGACACGAAACUAAUUAGGAGGGAGGUCCCCGUGGAGAUCGAAUGCCAUUCGGAAGCUGAGGAGUAUACCGCGGGCCGAUACCAUAAAAAAAAUCAACAGAUACGGCACGUGAUCGCUGCUCGUCGCCAUGCCGCACACUGGACAAGCCGGGGUGAAUCAAUUAGGCGGCGUCUUUGUGAACGGCAGACCGUUGCCGGACUGCGUGCGCCAGAGAAUCGUGCAGCUCGCCAUGGUCGGCGUCAGGCCGUGCGAUAUUUCUCGACAGCUACUCGUGUCCCACGGUUGCGUCUCCAAGAUACUCACGAGAUUCUACGAGACGGGAAGCAUCCGACCCGGCAGCAUCGGCGGAAGCAAGACGAAGGGUAACUCCGGUAUUUACGCCGCGCGAAGAUUUACGCAGCAGAAGUCAGAAAAAAUAGAAGAAAUGGAGCAAGUAGCUACGCCGACGGUGGUGAAAAAGAUUUUACGGAUGAAGCAAGAGCAGCCGACGAUGUUCGCUUGGGAGAUCCGCGAGCAGCUCGCGCGACAGGGAGCCUGCGAUCCCCAGAGCUUACCUUCCGUGUCAUCAGUCAAUCGUAUUCUCAGAGGUGGCGGGCUUCAUACCGAUAUCCCUGCCAUGGAGAGCGGCGCAUCCGCCGGAUAUACGUCGCAAAUGCCAUCGAACGCUGGGGCUAGAGAUGCACUCAUGAGAACGGAUUAUCAACUGUUCUAUCCGGGUGCCCUAGGACCAUUGCACAUUUCCACGAACACUGGCAAUACCGGUACACCGUCAUGGAAUCAGAGCUUCUACUCGUCCCUCUAUCAAGCGACGACCUUGCACUUGCAACAUGGCAUGCAAUCCUUCGCAUCUUUAGACGCCGAACGUUUGUCGGAGCAAAACGGCGCGCAGAAUCAGCUGGAGCUAAAAUCCAGCUCGAGCUCGACGGCCGGCAGCGACGAUUCGCUGGACAAGAGCGACCUGGACGAGAAUCUGGUCGAGUCACAAGACCACUACAAGUCCUUUCGGAGCACGCCGAUUAUCCUGGAGCUCAGCCAGAAAAUCGGCAGCGAUCGAAGCGCGUUCGUCAGGCACGGUACGCCCAAUUCGCACGCCACUCACUCGGACAAUCCACGCGAGAGCCCGGUAUCGAUCGUUGAUACUACGAAGCGGGAUUCCCCGGCGUCCCAUAGGAUCUACGAGGCGAAGAACACGAGUCCAGGCACGACGAUGACGAUGAACGAGGGAGCGGCGACGAACAAUCAGCCGCCGCAGCCGCAAAAGAAGAAGAAUCCCUACUCGAUAGAGGAGCUGCUCAAGAAGGACGAGAACAAAUCCGCGUCCAGAAGGCCGCGAUUGCCCAACAUCGGCGUGGUCCAACCGUGCGGCAUCAUCGUUAGCAAGGAAAUCUAAAGAUGUCAAUCUCAUCUGAGGACGUCGUGCGCCCAAAAGCUGAUGUCGGAAGAAAUACACGUCGAUUUACGUUAUGCAAAGUACGAACUAUAUCAGGAUUCACCAAGGAUGAAUUGCGACACUCCUUGCUAGGGCGAACGUUAUACAGUGUGAGCAUACACCAUCGACCAUAUAGGUACGUGUGUAUUUUAGUAUUAACGGGUGCAAAGGAAAACCGUACGAUGUAAAACGCAUUCGAUAAAAAUUGAGCAACGGCAGAUUUGAGUAUCACUAUCGCGACACGUGUACUUGAAAGUAAUUUCUUUGCGCCUGACGAGCCCUUGAGAAUACAGUGAGAGUAGCAAUUAUCCUAGACGUUUAACUUAAAAUACGGAUUAAGAAGUUUGACAGAAAAGAGCUUGGAAGCAGAUGAUUUUUGAAGCUUCUUAUUCCUCCUUCGAGAGUAAAAGAGAGAGAGAGAAACAGAUAGAACGUGGCUGUUCUGUGAAGUGAAAUAAAAAGAUAGCGCCAUAUGUAAUAUUAGAUUCGGAAAAAAACGUAGUGUCGAUCAUAAUGUAGUGAAGUACAUGUAAUCCUCGUGUAAGUUAACUUAUAAUUAAAUUAUUUUCAUUCCUUCCGCGUUGCUAAUCUCGACCGCCGUUUCUCGCCGGCGAUCGGUACACGACCGUUAGCUGCUUCGAGAAUCUAGAGAUUUCGCUUAACUCGGUAAUUGCGUACGGCUAGUUAAGUUCGACGGAAAGAAAAAGAAGUGCUUGGAAAUCCGGGAGAAGUUUCCAAUACUUUCACUGAUUUAUCUUGAAUGGUCGAUCGCGAAUCGCGCUGGCGAAAUAUCAAUUAACGUUACCAGUUCUUCCCGCGCGGUAAUUACCAUAACUAACGUAACAACGCAAGAAACUUCAGCACUUCCAGGCCAAUCGCGUCACGCAAUAAAAUUCGACACUUGUACAUUUCACCUUUGGAAGUCGAGACGUAAAUCCGUCGCCCACGUAAUAACCGUUGGCGCGAAGGAAAAGUCUUGGAAAUGUUUCAAUCUAGCUUAGCUUGAAUAGUCGGCAGAAUCUCGAAACGCGGUCUUUGGCAGCCCGCUCGGAAGAGAACGUUCGAACAGGCAAUUAUGCGCGUUCGCGUCUCCAUUGUAGUUCGCACUUUAGAGCCCGGCGCGAAAUAGCCGCGCGAUGCCGUUACACGCGGCGCGGAGAAGAUCGGGCAAUUAAAUGAAAGCCUAAUAAACGAACGGCUGUAAAGCACGCGGAUGGAGAUGUACACGUAAGAAGCCGCGGUGGCGGCGCAGUAAAGCCAUAAACGGUUCGGUUGAGGGUGUCAUACGUGGACACGCCGUGUGUAUACCUUGUAAAAUACGACGAUACGUCGCUCGCGUAAAAAAAAAAGAGAAUUAAAUAGCGAUGUUACCGAGCGACCGGUAGGACCUCCUCCAACCCCCCUCCCCUCCCUCUUCUCUACCCCUUUGCAUUUACAACGUUGUAAACCUUUGUAUCUCGUUCCUCAUCGCGGACUAAUUAAUGCACUAUAAAAUUCUAGUGCUUUAAUGCCGAACGAUUUGCUCGUUUUGCUCCCUCACGCCUGUCGAUCGCAUGCUCGCGGGCUAUUUCGGGGUGACGUCUCGAUCUUGCAAGAAGCGCGGAAGGGAUCCCGUUUCUCGCGCGCUUCCUUUCAUUUAUGGUUCUCUCUUUGGGAAAAAGAAAAAAAAAAAAAGACAGAAUCCACCGCAUACAUAAAUCGGCCCGACAAACCGUACGUGAAGGGAAACGCGGGAAACCUGUGUGGCAUGCACCCCUGUACUUACACUGGCUGUCUUACGAGCGGAAGCUAAUACGCUAACGCCCAAACUUCCCUUUUAUUUGCCAUACACGGAGAUUAUUAGAUCUUAAGAUGAGUGUGGAACACUUCCUGAAAGGAAGAGGCCCGUUACUCGUGUAGGCAUUCACCUGAAAUAUUUAUUUUAGAUUUAGACGACGUGAAGAAUUCUAUGAGCAUUCCGUGUGUCAAAUUGUCUGUAGUUCAGAAAAGAGGCAAGGUGAAAUCUAAAUUUGCGUACACCUUAUCGAAUGUCAAAGAUGAUUUUUAGACAUUUGCCGCGAAAUAUUUUGGCUUGGCUGCGCAGAAUGCUCAUACAGAGAUCUGAUAAUUAGAAUAAUAGCUCUGUACAAUAAUAAUUGCGCCUGGACGGUCUCGUUGGUCCGCAAACUUCAGAAAAUGAUCUCUCUUAGAGUUAUAAUCGCAGGAAAGAGGAGAAGAUUAAGAAAUCAAUUAGACCGCGAUUUAAACCAAAGAACAUGAAGACAUUUCGUUUAAAUCGCAGUUUAACAAUGACGUAAAAAAAUAAUUACGGAUUUAUCAUGUAGCUUCUCGAGUAUUGCCGGCGCAGACCCACGGAGACCGUCGCGUAAAAUUAUACAAGUUAUCGAUUAAAUAAUACUCGUAAUGUAAACUUAUUCUGUAUGAUAUCAUUAAAUACACUAGUCAAAAUGA